AUGGCAUCUCAAGCUUCUGCGUAUUCAGCUGCUAGUUCGGCUUUGUAUCAAAGUACGAUCGCUAGCACCGGAAUUCAAAGAGAAACCUUUGGUGAUCGAAUAGCACAAACUAAACUUUGGCUGUACAACCCUGAAGAUGGAACUGUUAUGGGUAGAACUCCAGUGGGUUGGGUCAUUUACAUUGUUUGCAUCUUUGUGUUCCUGUGUUGUCUACUGGCGAUGUCAUCUGUGUUUUGUGGCAUCUUCUACUGGGUUAUCGACUGGAACAAUCCAACACUGCAAGGCGCUAGCAGUAUUUUACAGACUCCCGGGAUGUCUUUUAGACCACAACCAUUUAUUGGAACAACUCUGGUACGAUUUGUAAAAGGAGACAUUACUACAUACGCUCAUCACUUGGAUCACAUAGAAGCCUAUAUUCAAUAUUAUGAGAAUGCGCUACAAGUUGGUGACCGUUACAAGGACUGUAGCGAGAUAAGAAAACGCAGGACAGAAGAGUUGGAUAAAGUGUGUGUCUUUGACCCUAUUGUGUUAGGCGGGGAUUGUGUGAAGCAACAGAAUUAUGGAUUUGAUGACGGCCAACCUUGUAUUCUACUAAAAUUAAACAGAGUGUUUGGUUGGAUUCCUGAAGAGUUUACAGCUGAAACUGUCCCUGCCUUGAUCAAAGAAAAAUGGGAUGCUAACGACCCUUGGUGGAUCCAUGUUAGAUGUGAUGGCGAUGAUGAUGCCACCAGAGAAAACAUGGGAGACUUGUCCUAUUUCCCACAGCAAGGCUUCCAUUUCAAGUACUUUCCAUUCCGCAACCAACAGGGCUACAGGUCCCCUUUGAUGUUUCUACGGUUUGAGAACCCUCAACCUGGUGUUCUUCUUAUGAUGACCUGCAGAGCAUUUGCCAAGAACAUCAUACAUAAUCAUGUAGAGCAGGUGGGCCAGGUUCAUUUUGAAGUUAUUGUUGACUGAAGACUGAACCUCUUAACAUGAAAUUACCUAAAAUGUGCCGUAGUAACAACAGCAUAGUUCAGAACAAUCACAAUCAACCAUUCGUAUAAAUAGAUCAGAACUUAUUAUUGAGACGUUUAAACUUAGACUUGCUGAUAAAUACAUUUGUCUGUAUUCACACUGGAUAUGAGUCUGCUUUUCUAUGGAACUA